UUCAUAUUAAAGAUAAUAAAGAUUUCCUGUAAAACUACAUUCAUUCAAAUAGAUUCAUAAGAAUAUAAAUGAUGUUGACAUUGAUGCAUUAUAUCUUAUACUUAACAAUAUUUCAUUGUAUAUUGAUAAAUGGCCAACGUGAUGUCCUUGAAGAUGAUAUUUCAAUGGCUGGUGGUGACAGAAACUCUGAACCUACAAUUGUACUGAAUCCAGGAGAUCCUGGACCAUUAGAUGUGAAUUUUGGAGAAUUGCUUUAUUCUCGUUGUUCAGUACUUGAUAGUAAUCAAUAUUCAUACAGAUGGAUACAACGUGCACCUGAUGGGACUAUAAAAGAAAUAUCUUCUGACGCUAGACUUUAUAUAACGAAUUUUGGACCGGAACAUUUACAGUAUCCAUUACGAUGUGAAGUUACGAGAUUAUCAGAUGAUGAAACUUUUGAGAAAGUUUUAAAUCUUCGACUAGCUAUGCAGCAUAUUGUUAAUAUUCGACCAAUUACUGGUGAAGUCAUCAUUGGCAGACCGUAUGAAAUGGUUUGUGAAGUUGAACCGCAGCCGGAAGAGCCAAUAAGUUUUGUAUGGUAUCAUAAUGCCAAAGUUGUGCAUCGUGAAGCAUUAUUACGUUUGAAUUCAUUAUCGUAUCGUGAUAUAGGUAUGUAUAUAUGUCGAGCUGAAUGGACACCAAGAUAUUCACGUACUGCUAUAUCAGCUAAUGCAACAGCUGAAUUAAGUUUGGCAUUGACACGAGAAACAAAAAUUGAAAUGAGUCCUCCGCCUGGUUCAGUUAUGGUUUCUUUACCUGGAGAAACACGUGAACUUCACUGUGAAUUUCCUGUAGCUAAUCCAAGAGAUGUUAGGUGGUAUUUUGAAAAUCAAUUAUUAGAGAAUCAUCCAACUGUGAAUGCUACAGGCAAAAUAUUUCGUAUCGAUCGUUUAAGAGUAAGUAUUGUGACAAUUCGUGGCAUAGAAUAUGAUCAUGGAGGAACAUACGAGUGCAGAAUUGGUCGUGAUAUAAAACAAGCACAUUUAGUUGUUAGAGCUGAAGAAGGAUUGGAAAUCAAUCCAAAAUCGGAUACAGUUGAUGAAGGUGAAGCAGUAGAAUUUCAUUGUCGUGUACAUGGAAUGGAUGGUAACAUUAAUCGUCAAUUAGAAUGGUAUUAUAGACCAUUUUAUAGUUCCACACGUGUACGUCUUGAUGUUGAUACACCUGAUAGUUUUAUGCGUCAUGAUGAUCUAGUUGCUCAACAUACCAGUUUUAUUAGUAAAAGCAGAGCACGUGUUGCUGAUCAAGGUGAAUAUAUUUGUAGACUACCAUCUCAAAAUGAAGAAAUUGUCGGAAAACUUUUUGUUAGAGCAGUAAAAAGUUACAUAUUGACAAUCACACCUCAGAGAUUGACUGUUCGACCAUAUCAACCAGUAGAGUUUGAGUGUUUUGCCGCAUCUGAAGAUGGACAACCGGCUCCAUUUACUCCACGAUUUCGAGUUAUAGAUUCAAGAAUCAGUUUCGAAACUACACGUGUCAGUGAAAACCGUGUAAGAUUUGUGUUGCAACGAGGAUUAGGUCCAGAUCAAAAUGGAACGAUUGUUGAAUGCCUUUCAGAUGAACCAAGUAAACCGACAUCAGCAAUAAUUACAGUUGAAGAUAUCUGUCCAGAUGGUUCUCGUCGCUGUCGUUCCGGUCAGUGCCUACCAGCUGGAAGAUUCUGUGAUGGAGUGAGGGAUUGUGAUGAUGGUUCAGAUGAAGAUCCUAAAAUGUGCAAUAUUUGUGAUCCACUUUCAAGAAAAUGUGAAUAUUAUCAAGGAAAAGAAUCGACAGUAUCAACAUUUAUGGUACAUUGGACUUGUGAUGGUGAAAAUGAUUGUGGAAAUGGUUUUGAUGAAUCAAAUUGUGAAGCACGAGCUUCAGAACGUUGUCAAGAUCGAAUGUUUAGUUGUAGACGAGAUGGUCGUCAAAUUCCAAUGGCUUUUGUAUGUGACAAGGAUCGAGAUUGUAGUGAUGGUGAAGAUGAAUUAACUUGUGCUCCGCCAAUGAUUGCCGAACCACGUACUACACGUUAUUCUGUUCGUAGAGGUGAUACUGUAGUUCUUGUUUGUGAAGUCACAGGCAAUCCUGUGCCCUAUGUGAUAUGGCGCUUCAAUUGGGGAUGUCUUCCUGAGGAACCCAGUCGUUUCAGAAUAAGCAAUGUACCCAGAAACUGUAAUGCACCAAUGCCAACUGUCGUGAGUACCCUGACAAUUUCAAAUGUAAGACCAGGAGAUGAUGGAAUAUAUAAUUGUGAAGGUCUUUCAGGAGCUACUCGAGCUUUAUCCAAUGACUUAGUUGUCAUGAUCGGAGGUUAAAUAAUGUAAGUGAUAAUUUUGAUUGCCUAACAUCCUUUUUAAAUUCCUCGUUUCAGAAAUUCAUAUAUUUUCCAUGUUCCUUAAUGAGCUUUAUUUUUGAUAUAUACUUCAUGUUUAAAUCUGUGAAUCCUAAAUUAUUUUCUUGUAAAAAUUUACAAAAUUUUCCGAAGAUCAUGAAAAAAUUAACGUUAUUUGGAUUUCGUUAGUUUUAAUUUUAAUCGUUGUUAGAGGUGAAUAUUUGAAAUAUAACUUUAUCCAAACGAAAAAAUAUGCAAUAUCAGGUAAAGACUCCACAAACAACAUGUUCAGCUAUGCCUUUCACCCCUAUUGGAGCAUAAGUUACUGAGCAGAAUUUUUCAGCCAACUCUGUCGUUUGCCCUCCAUUCCAGUUCUUUCGAAGUUCUGUUCAUUCUUUCCAUGUCGGCCUCCAAGUCCUGGCGCAACGGGUUCUUUAGUAUGCCCCUUUUUCUUUUGCCUUGCGGAUUCCAAGUUAUGGCUUUCAGUGUGGUGCAGUCUAAUAAUUUCCUCAAUGUACAUUCUGUCCACCAACUCCAUCAUCUUUCCCUAAUUUCCUCUUCAGUUGGAAACUGGUUCGUUCUCUCCCAUAGUAGGCUGUUACUGAUGGUAUCUGGUUAAUGGAUGUUUAAUAUCUUGCGUUGACAAUUGUUUAGAAAUACUUAGAUCUUUUUGAUGAUGGUUGUAGUAGUUCUCCAAGAUUUAGCUCCGUACAGUAGGACUUUGUUGACUUUCAUAUCGAAGAUUCUGACUUUGAUAUUGGUUGAAAGUUGUUUUGAAUUCCAUAUGUUAUUCAGUUGUAGGGAUCGUGUUCUUGCUUUGCCGAUCAUUCCCCUGACAUUUUCAUCAGAUCCAUCUUGUUUACCAAUGAUGCUGCCCAGCUAUGUAAAAUUUUCCACAUCACCCGGAGCUCCUCCAUCAAGUGUGAUUUGGUUGGUGCUGGCGGUGCUGUACUUCAGUAUCUUGCUCUUUACCCUGUGUAUAUUGAUGUGUGUUACUGCAGAGGCUGCUGCUACACUAGCUGUCUUCACUUGAAUGUUUUGUUGUGCAUAGGAUAGAAGAGCUAGGUAAUCUAUAAAGUUCAAAAGGUCUAGCCGCAUCCAACUCUCCAUUGUAUUCCAUGGUUUCCCUGAAAUGUGAACAUUUUCAUAAUCCAUCCAACAACCAGAAGAAAUAGAAAAGGUGAGAGUAAGCGGUCUUUCUGACACCAAUCAUCGACUUGAAUGCAUCUAUAAGAGCUGCCUUUUGCGCACAACUUUGCAAUUUGGUCCCUCUUAAGAGUUCCGUAUUAUGUUGACGAUCUUUUCACAAGCACCAUAAUGUAGCAAAAACUCCGCCUGUAGCACUUCCAGAGUUACUGACGGUCUCAAACACGGGUAAAGGAGGAGGGUUGGGCAUGGGGUUAGCGUCCCCAUCCCGUAGAAAACUAACUCGCUGAAAAACGCUUACCAGAAAAAAUUGUUCAAACUAUUUAAACUCUGCCCUGAAAGUUAGAAGGUCUUCAUUUAGAAGAAUUAUGACGCUUCAUGGUGAAAGCCGAGUUCCUUCGGAAGCCACAACGUCGAUGCCCCUUCUAACAACCAGAGCAAAAAUUUUUAUUGGUACAUGGAACGUUCGAACAAUGUGGGAAACCGGGAAGACCAGUCAAAUAGCAGCGGAAAUGAGGAGAUACAACUUGGCAGUAUUGGGAAUCAGCGAAACCCAUUGGACUCAAGCUGGACAGAAAAGGCUAGCUACGGGAGAGAUGCUGCUAUACUCCGGUCACUAAGAGGACAAUGCUCCACACACUCAGGGAGUCGCUCUUAUGCUGUCCAAAGUAGCACGAAAUGCACUUGUAGGAUUGGAAUCUCACGGAUCCAGAAUCAUCAAAGCAUCAUUCAAAACAAAGAAGGAGGGGAUCUUAAUGAAUAUUAUUCAAUGUUAUGCACCCACCAAUGAUAGCAACGACGAAAUUAAAGAUCAGUUCUACGAGCGGCUGCAGUCAAUCAUUGAGAAAUGCCCAAGAAAGGACCUCACCAUUCUGAUGGGAGAUCUAAAUGCCAAAGUCGGAAUAGACAACACUGGAUAUGAAGAUAUUAUGGGACGACAUGGACUGGGAGAAAGAAACAAAAAUGGAGAAAGAUUUGCAAAUCUAUGUGCAUUCAACAAAUUGGUCAUUGGAGGCACAAUAUUUCCACACAAACGUAUACACAAGGCUACAUGGAUCUCACCGGACCACACUACAGAGAACCAAAUAGAUCAUAUUUGUAUCAACAAAAAAAUUUCGAAGGACAAUGGAAGAUGUGAGAACCAGGAGAGGUGCUGACGUAGCUUCAGAUCACCACCUAGUUGUGGCCAAUUUGAAACUGAAGCUAAAAAAGAACUGGACAGGUGGACAAACAGCAAUACAAAGGUUCAAUACAGCCUUCCUUCGAGAUACUAACAAAAUCAACGUAUUCAAGAUAUCUCUCAACAACAGGUUCCAAGCCUUACAAGAUCGACUGAAAGAAGAAGAAACUACUAUGGAGGACAACUGGAAAAGCAUCAAGGAAGCAUUAACUUCAACGUGUCAAGAGGUUCUCGGUCUAAAGAAAUACCAUCAUAAGGAAUGUAUCUCUACAGAAACACUGGACAAGAUCAAAGAAAGGAAGAACAAGAAGGCAGUAAUAGCAACAGCCAAACACGAGCAGAGGAAGUCCAAGCACAAGCUGAAUACAUAGAAGCAAACAAACAAGUGAAGAGGAGCAUUAGAGCCUACAAGAAGAAAUACGUGGAAGAACUAGCAACGACGGCAGAAAAAGCUGCAAGAGAAGGAAAUAUGAAACAACUUUACGAUACAACGAAGAAACUAUCACGGAAAUACAGUAAACCAGAGAGAUCGGUCAAAGACAAAGAAGGCAAGCCAAUCACUGAAAUUCAACAACAGCGAAACAGAUGGGUAGAAUACUUCUAGGAACUCCUGAAUAGGCCGGCCCCAAUGAAUCCACCGGACAUCGAAGCAGUGCACACAGAUCUUCCUAUAGAUGUCAAUCCACCAACGACGGAAGAAAUCAGAAUGGCCAUCAGACAAAUCAAGAGCGGGGAAGCAGCUGAACCCGACAAUAUACCAGCUGAAGCACUGAAGUCAGACAUCAAA